AGUAUACUUCGCUAUAAGUAUCAAGUUAAUUAGCUGGCCAGUAUGAUUAAACGUAUUUAUUAGGUUGAUUAAAUAAAUAAAACUUGGAGUGACAAUGAUAUUCUCUUUGAUGAUACAUCUACAUAUAUUUAUGGAAUGGUAAAGUGAGUAUAUAUAUAAUACCGAUAACUUCGUAACUUUCAGAGGACGUCAGAGGAUGUCCACAAUGUGUUGGUGACAAUGGAUGCUUUACACCGAUGCAAAAGUGACUUUUAUCGUUUGCCGGGCCUACGUGGCGGCCAAUCAAAAGCGGAUUUAUCAACUUCUUGUCCACCUUCUAUUGGCUGUCAACAGUUGCUUGUUAACGUAUCCGGCAAAGGACAUGUUCGUCUGACGACACAGAGUUUCCUCGAACAUGCGAUGAAGAUUGCUCUGUCUCUUGAAUACACGACUACAUCGGACAGUAACAUUACCUUGUGCCCGCUGCAGAUAUUGUUACCAACUGGUUUUCGUAAGGACGACAUCGUGAUAUCUUCGGACGGUGAGAUUCGCUGCACUAUUGAAGAAACAUCUAGCCUGCCUGUAGAUAAACACACCAGACUACAUUCCGUAAACAACACUCGCUUAAUUGAUACAAACAUCAAAAGUACGGAAAAGGAAACUUACAUGAUUGCUGAAACAUUGAAAAUAUGUGACGAAAACACUGACCAGGAAGUAAAAACUGAACGGUAUACAUCUGAAACAUACACCAAAGGAGCUUGCAUUAGUUUCGAUAUUGACAAUGCAGACAAUGAAAUUGCAAAAAACGCUGAUUUUACCGAUGGUGCGCAGAACAGAAAGGGUCACAAUAGAAACAGUAGUGACUACAUGUCCGUUUCGAACAGAAGCAAGGUCACGGAUUUGUGUCUUUCACAUAUUGACUGUAGAAAAAUUGCAGAGAAUAACAGCCAAGGCUUUGAUGUGUGUGACGGCUUAAUCAGUUUUGAAGAUAACUCUGUUGCUAAAGCUGAUAUCAAUUCAAAUAGAUUAGGAAUGGAACAUUCAUUGAACGAUCUGAAUCGAAUAACACCGACAUCAACACAACCACAGAAUCACAGAUCAUCCACUUCAUCAAAUGAAACUGACACCGCCAGAAAGUUAUCAGGUGGCCAGGCAAAGGAGAAGACCUCAAUUGUUGCAAACAUGAAACAAUCCAUCCAGAAGGGUUUCACUAAACUGCUUGAUGAACUGGACGUAAUGGAUCUGUGUGACCAUCUGUACGAGAGGGCGGUGGUUGACUUCAAGUUUUACAGUACGAUGUUUGAGCUGCACUUCAGUCGCCGACAUGUCAGAGACAUCUCACGGUACUUGUUGCUCCACCUGUCCAGGAUAGGUGUCUGCAAGGACCGCAUGAUUGACGCGCUUUAUGGCUCGGCGGAGUAUAGAUUUAUACCAGUAUUCUUUCCCGAGGAGAAAAUAUGAGUCUUUGUAAAUUUAUAUUUAUUACAGAGUGCAACAUUUAUUUAAGACUACAUGUAAAUAUGAUAUAUAGAUAAAUAUUAAUGUCAUCACAUAAUAUAGUUUUAUUCAUCCCGUGAAUAACUCGCUAUUGUGAAGGUACGAUGACUUCAAAUCUAAAUUUGUAGAGAAUAAAGAGCGAUUGUAAAACAACAAAGGUUUUAAUGGACGGCGGGGCGCGUUGAAAAUAAUCUGAUUGUCCAAUUAAUUUGGGUUAUACGAUAUAAUAAGGUUGCAUUCUGAUGCUGACGCACACACUGCAAAACAUUGUUAAUACAACUAUUGUUGAACCAUAUAUCUAUACACGCACGUGUAUAAUGCAGUAAUAUUGUAGUUAAUGUGAACGUGGCUUUAAUAGUUUGAUUUUGACUGAGCUAGUUGUUGAUUACGUCUGUUUUCUUAUUGUAUUUUUUAUUAUGUGUAAUCACUACGAUUCGUUAAUAUUGCAUUACAUGCUUUGUCUUGUAGUGUAUUUAUCAAUAUAUAUAUGUUAAAUUUUGGCAUGUACAGAUCAAUACAUGUCGUAUGAAUAGAAAAUACAUAUACUUUGCUGGAAUCAGUUUGUGCUUAAUUUAUAUAUUUAACACGAACUUAAUAUACCUGAUUGUAUAUUUGAAUCAAGAUAUAUUAAACACAUGUUCCGUGUAA